AUGGAUGAGUCUGUAGAUCUUUCCCAACUAGUUAUUACAGGGAAAUGUGGACUCCUCGUUGCUUUAAAGCACCCACAAUUUGAAACAUUAUGGAAUCAAAGAAAUAUCAAUCUCAUUGCUUUUAUUAUUGAAUAUUAUGAUGGGAUUAUUACAUUCGGAUUUCGAAUUAAGAAAGUAGAACCUAUCAUUCAGCAAAGGUGCGAAAUGAUUAUUUGUCCAAAUGACUACAAUGUUAAGAAAAUUUUAUUAAAAGAUACAAAAUUGUCAAAAUUCGUUCUUAAAUUUGCAUUUCAUAUAUCAGAAUACUCCAGCGAAACUAUCGAAACAUACUUUAGAUUACUUCCUAAUAUUAUUUUUAACGCAUAUGAUGCUUUUACUCCUAUCUUCUCAAGCCAUUCAUAUUUCGAGAAAAUUAUACAGAACAUAGAUAGAGAAUGCGUUUUUGAGUUCGUGAAAGACUUUAUUGUUCGCGAAGACGAAUCAGUUGUGCAUUUUCUUGAUAGAUUUGACAUUUUCAAGCUAAUUACAGCAGAAUGCUAUCCAAAUAGCGAGAAAUCCUAUAAGUACAGAAAAUUAUAUGCGAUGGUGUUAACCACUAAAGUAGAUACAUCUAGAGCUUUAGAUCAAUUACUUGAAACUAGCUAUUACACUCCAAUAAUUCAAAAUGAAAUAGCAACUUCAGAUGACGGAUCAUGGGAAAUGCUAUUUCGCUUAUCAGCACUUACAAAUCUUGUUCCUGCCGCUCAAGAAAUUACAGAAGCCAUAAUUAGAGAGAAAGACACAAUUUCUAAGAUAGCAUUUUCAAAGAGUCCGGUUGCUCCAUAUGCCCUUGGUAUUGUAAUCCAAAUUUCUUGCGCAAACAAAGAAUUAAAUGAUCAAUCCAAAAAAGCUUUGAAUAUUAUACUUUCGAACUUCUUUAGUGGUAAUCCAACACCUAAGUUCUACUCAGUUACUAAAGUUUCAAUCCAAUCUUUAAGAAAUGCUGGAUUAUUAUCUGAAGAAAUUUUACAAAAGACAAAGCUUUGUAAUAGAGUUAUUAAAGCUAGCCAUUUAAAGAACAAACAGAGUUUUGAGUAUUGGAGCAGCCUUUCUGAUGUUUCCGGAGAAUUACAGAUGGUUUCAAGGGAUAUCGUUGCUGAAGAGACCUGGGACGAAGUAUUACAUAAUAUACAGGACCAUAUGUCUCGCGGAGUCAAUGUAAAUUCAUCAUUUUCAAGAUGGUGGAUUUAUCUUUUAAUUAUAUUAGUUGGAUUGAUAAUUAUUGGUCUUAUGAUAUACUUCGGGAUAUAUUAUGAUAGAGAUGACUACUUCUUUACGGAUUCUGACUUUGAUGCCGCAUCAGAUCUUUAG